AUGGAGACCAAUAUCCAUGGAGCCCGAGACGAUGGCUUCACCUGCGAACACGAUUCUUACGGAAAGUACAACGACGGCAAUGGCGGUGGAUAUGGUGAAUACACCGGUAGUGGUGACCGCGCCUGCUACAACUGUGGCCAGGGGGGUAACCAUAGCAAAGCUGAUUGUCCCGAGCCUCGCAAGGGCGGUGGCGCAUGCUUCAACUGUGGCCAGGAAGGUCACUCCAAGGCCGAAUGCACUGAGCCUCGCAAGAUGGGUGCUUGCUUCAACUGUGGUGAAGAAGGUCACUCCAAGGCCGAUUGCCCCAAGCCCCGCGUGUUCAAGGGCACCUGCCGUAUCUGCGAAAAGGAAGGUCACCCCGCUGCUGAAUGUCCCGAGAGACCCCCUGAUGUUUGCAAAAACUGCCAGGCUCAAGGCCACAAGACGCUGGAGUGCAAGGAGAAUCGCAAGUUCGACCUCAACCUCGUUGCUGACAUGCUUCCCCAUGAAGGUUGGGCUGCAAUGAAGAAAGCUAGUGACGAAAGGGAUCUUGAUGAUUUCCGCGAGGCGCUCAAAAUCUACUGCAAGGCAGUUCCCCACGCCACCUGGGCUGAUAUCGAGAAGAAGAUGCGGGAGGAUGAGUUCAACAUUUACAUCAUUGCUAUGGAGACUGAAGUUGACGACGUGAUGAGCCUUAUCGAUCUUCAAGGAGUGCUUGAUCGUGAGUAUGUGAUUGGUUUCUUUUUUAGCCCCAAGGCAUCGCGUGGCCACCUCCGAGACCGUUGGCCUGCGGAUGCCGAGGAGAACCUCGAACGUAUGAACAACGCCGGUAUUCCCUAUGAGCGCAAGGUCCCAAAGUGUCUGAACUGUGGAGAGUUGGGACAUAUCUCGCGCAGUUGCAAGGAGGAGCGCGUGGAGGGCAACGAGCGUGUGGAAAUCAAGUGCUCAAACUGUGGUGAGGUUGGACACCGCGUGCGCGAUUGCAGACGGCAGCGCAAGAACAAGCAUGGUUGCCGUAACUGCGGAUCUGCUGAGCAUAUUGCUUCUGAUUGCACCGAACCCCGAUCUGCGGAUGGUGUUGAAUGCCGCAAAUGCAACGAAACUGGCCAUUUCGCCAAAGAUUGCCCCAAUGUUGCUGAUCGUGGCCCUCGUACUUGCCGCAAUUGCGGAUCUGAAGACCACAUCGCUCGCGAUUGUGACAAGCCUCGCGAUGUUUCCACUGUCACCUGCCGCAACUGCGAGAGGACCGGACAUUACUCUCGUGAUUGUGAUCAGCCGAGAGAUUAUUCGAAGGUUCAGUGCAAGAACUGCGGAGAAGUGGGUCACACCGUGGUCCGUUGCCGUAAGCCCAAGGAGGAGGAGCCUCAGGACAAACCCACUUACUCUCCUGGCUCUCCCAAGCGUGAAGAACCCGAUCUGCUGGGCCCGGAGGCCAGCGAGCAGCCGUUCCAAUACAAGCGUGUGGACGAUGAUGACUUGUGGUAA